AUGGAACUGAGAGAGGCGCGAGAGGCGUUGGAGCGCGCGCAGACGACGGGGCGAGGGCUGGAGGCGCUGGAACGCGCGGUGGCGGAGAGGGAUUUGGAGAUAUUUAAGCGGGACGACGAGUUGCGAGCGCUCAGAGAGGAAGUCGGGCGGUUGCGGACGCGCGAGGACGACGCGGGAGAGACGAUGAUGGUGAGCGCGUCGAUAGCGGAUGCGAAUACGCGCGCGGCGAACGCGGAGGAGGGCGCGAGGGCGAUGCGUGAGGCGCUGAAGGACGCGGAGACGAAGAACGCGCGCGAACGCGCGGCGCUCAUGGAUGAGCUUCGCGAGUCGCGCGCGCUGGCGGCCAAACACGCGAGAGAGGCGCACGCGCGCGAGGAGGCGAACGCGUCGAGCAGUGGACGCAUCGAUGAGGUGGUUUUCAUGAGGAAAGAGCUGGACGCGAUGGCGAAGAAGGUAUCCAUCGCCGAAGCCGUUGCCGAGAAGCUCGAAAGAAUCGUCGCCCAAAAAUCAGAAGAGGUGUUCAACGCAACGCAAGAGCGAGACGCGCUGCGAAAGAAGCUGAAGACGACGAGCGAGACGAUAGAUUCGCUGGAGCGCGAGUGGCUUGAGUUCAAUCGCCAAGGUCUGAGCGCGCAAAAAGCGCUGAGCGCCGAAAACGAAGAGCUACACAAGAUUGUCGACGACUUGAAAUCCGCCGAAAAAGAUGGCUUCGCCGAAGCCGCGGGCGAAAUAGAAGAGUUGAAGGCGCGAUUGCGGACGUUUGAGAGCGAAUCUGGCGUAUCCAACAGAAGUGUCGAUAGAAAUCUCGCGCGCGAGUCCAUCACAUCCUUGAGAUCCAAGGUGCGCGAGCUCAAGGGCGACAUCGAAGCCAAGGACGCCCAAAUCGAAGACUUGCGAAACGCGCUGUCGCAAAAGUCCAUCAUCGAAGCCGUGAACGCGGAGAAGGAUGCCGUCAUCACCGCGCUGCAAGCACAAAUCAACGCGAGUAACUCUGCCGCACCUCGAUCGGAUUCUGAAUUCGCCGUGUCCACGCAGAACGACGGCGAUAUCGACGUCUUGGAUGAGUUACAAACCGUCGCGAAGACGCUUCGUCGAGAAAACGCGGGGCUGCGGCGAGAACUCGAAGACGUCGACCCGGACGUUCUAGAAGAGUGCAUCGCGCUGAGUCGACGCGUGACGGCUCAAAACUCUCUACUCGCGAGCUACGAGGAGCGCUUGGUGCGCUACACCGACCAACUAGGGAUUCCGUUCACGCCCGAGGCGCGCCCGUAG